CAACAGGCAAUGCAGCAGGUGAGGAUUGGUUCCGGUAAGACGCAAAACGUAACUGGUUGGAAAAAGGACCGCUGGAAAUUUAUGUCUAUGGUAUACAAUUUACAUAUCUGUACUCUGUGCAGUAGAGGUGGGAAAUGGCAGCUCAGAAGAUAAAUGAAGGCUUGGAACACAUUGCCAAAGCAGAAAAAUACCUGAAGACCAGUUUUAUGAAAUGGAAACCUGACUAUGACAGUGCAGCCUCAGAAUAUUCAAAGGCAGCUGUAGCUUUUAAAAAUGCCAAACAGCUUGAGCAAGCAAAAGAUGCCUACCUGAAAGAAGCCGAAUGUCAUGAAAACAACAAGGCAUUGUUCCAUGCAGCUAAAGCUAUUGAACAGGCUGGCAUGAUGUUAAAGGAAAUGCAGAAACUGCCUGAAGCUGUUCAGCUUAUAGAAAGGGCUAGUGUUAUAUUUCUGGAGACUGGGACACCAGACACUGCAGCUAUGUGUCUUGAAAGAGCUGCCAAGUUAAUAGAAAAUGUUAACUUAGAAAAAGCAGUGGAUCUUUAUCAACAAGCUGCCUCAGUAUUUGAAAAUGAGGAUCGUUUACGUCAGUCAGUUGAGCUGCAGGGGAAAGCAUCACGCCUUCUUGUCCGAGCACGCAGGUUAGAUGAAGCUGCAACAUCAUUACAGAAAGAAAAGAACAUGUAUAAAGACAUAGAGAACUAUCCAACAUGUUACAAGAAAACAAUUGCCCAAGUUCUAGUUCACCUUCACAGAAAUGAUGUAGUUGCAGCAGAAAAAUGUGUCCGAGAGAGCUACAGUAUACCAGGAUUCAGCGGUAGUGAGGAUUGCACUGCACUUGAGCAGCUCCUGGAGGGAUAUAAUGAACAAGACCAGGACCAAGUUUCUAGUGUCUGCAAUUCAGCUCUGUUCAAAUAUAUGGACAAUGAUUAUGCUAAGCUUGCUCUGAGUUUAAGUGUCCCAGGAGGGGGGAUUAAGAAGAAAUCACCACAGGAAAAAGUAGAAGGUUCAACAGUAAGCGGCUCCCAUGCUGAAGAAGAUGAUGAAUAUUCUGGUGGCUUGUGCUAAGGACAGAUUUGCCUGCCAGUAGUGCAGGAAUUACUUGCUAAACUCAUUUCACUUGAACCUUGACAGUUUCAAAAGGGCACCCAUCUCUUUGUAUGUUUAAAGUACUCAUUUAUGUGAAACUCAGAUUGACUUCCCUGAUCAGCUUGAUAUUUUCAGGUUGUAUGAUCAUGCUAACCUGUUUGGAAUGCCCCACGGAUGUCAUUUUGUUAAUUUGCUUUGUAUGUAAUCGGCACAUCAUCUUUUGGUGUGUUUUAGUGAAGAAAAGCAAAACACUAAAUGCAGACUGCCCGGAGAUGCAAUCAGAAGUAUACUGCCAACUGGUACACACAUUAUUUCUGACAGAUUUAUUAAGAAUGCUUGUUUUUUUCAUCACUGAAAUCUGUUUUAUCCAAUCAUUCUGCAAGAACAGUGCUUCAGAGCAUUAAAAGCAGAGGUACUUUCAGCAGCUAGUGCAGGAAAAUGUGAUGUGUUGGAUUAGAAUGUACAGGUGAUUGUAUUUUAUGUACUGUUAUUUGAUAAUCUCUGUGGCAAAGCUCUUUCAGAGUCACUGUUACACUUGUAUGUGGGAUAAAUGAGUCCUUGUCAUCACUGAAUAUGUCAGGGUUCAUCGUUGCCACUAAUUAGAAAGAACUAUGAAGAGUAGACUGUGGACAUCUUAAUGUUUGCUUUUUUCAGUGACCUAACAGACAGAAGUGGUCAUUUAAAUAUGUACUUUUUUUGUGGAAGUGACACUGCUAAGAAAGGGAGCAUUUUUUGUGGCAGCACCAGAAAUCUAGCUUUGCCAGCUGUGUAUUUUAUGUUUUAUAGUUUGUAAAACGAAAGCAUAAUGUUUGCUUUACAUAUCAUAUCUUCUUCUUGACAUAUCAUAAUUUAUUAUAUUAAAUGAAUGCACUGGAGUAAGAGGCAUAGUACAUAAAGGCAGUGUUUUGAUUUUAAAGUACAUGCCACUUUUUAAUGUUAUGUUCAGUUUCAUGAGCCUUUACUGUCUUUACUGUGAGGUUUUUAAAUAUCAGAUCAUUGCAGCAAAACAGUACAGAUCAAAGAAGUUAUAUUUCGGCACCGUCAGACAAAUUAAAGCUUCACACAGAUUGAAUUAAUUUUGCCACCCCACUUUGUCAGCUCAAAACUACAGGCUUGCUUAAAGUUGCUGAUGUGUAGUCUCCAAAAACAGAAGUGCAUCUGCAUGUUGUCUGUGAGCAAAGUUCAAGUCAAACAAAUGUAGUGUGGGGAAUAAGGACAGCACAUUGUUACCCUGCAUUGCUUCAUUUAUCAUUUCUUUUCCAGCUGGGGUGCUGUCUGAAUUCUGCAUGUCCUCCUGAGUCUUAUUGAGUUUUUGCUGGGUUCUUGCAUUUCCGUCCACAUCCAAAGACAUGCCUAUAGAUGAAUUGACAAUCCUUUUCGUUUUCCCGAGAUAAUUUAUGCUGUUAUUGAAUAGUGACAGAGUUGUUCUCUGCCUUAUGCUGUUGCUUGUUGGGAUAGGCUGGUUGCUUUCUAGUGGGCUUAGACAGGAUGUGUUUUGGGGAGUCAAGGUUGGGAAUAGGCCUUCUAGUCUGGAAUAUAUAUAUGAAGACAUGAAGAUUUGCUUCUUACAGAGUGUAGAUCAGAAGCAUCUUACAGCUGUAGGAGAUUUUGCAUUUGCUUAACACCAGAGUGUUUAUUUGGUAUAAUAGGCAAAGGUGAGUGUGUUUUACUAGCAUGCAUACAUAUUAAAGAGAUGACCUACUGAACACAUUUUCUUUAAGGGGUUCCCUAGAUUUAUUUUAAUGCAUAUUUUUACAUAAAUAAUAUUUAUUUAUUUUAUGCUGGGUUAAACUGAAAGGUUGUGUUGAAGCUGCUUGAUUUAUAUGUAAAGAGGGCAGAGUAUACAGUGGUUUCUCUCCUUUAUAUAACCUGAAUGCAAAAAAACAAAAAGAAACCCUACUUUUUUGAGGCUUCAGGCUGUUCAUUUUCAGUGUACAUUUAAUCAAGCUGUUGUCAUAUUUUCUACUCCAGGUUGGAAAAGUAAAGCAAAAUGAGCUUUAUGUUGUAAAAUAUAAAUAUAAGCUAAUAUAUGUCUAUAAAUGUAUAAUCUGUGCAGUUUCUGAGGUAUUUAAGUGUACGAUAUUACCCCCUCUUCCUUAAUAAAUUAACUGUAAGUAGGGCAUGCACCUCUGUAACCUACAUAUUUUUCUUAUUUGAGCAUUGGCUUCAUUUAGUCAGUUUUGAAUAUUUGGAAAAUAAAAGUAUCAGCUCAUUUAA